AUGGUAAGAGGAACAACUUUGGGUCAAAAUAUGUAUAAAACAAAUAGUGAAACUGAACAGUUAAAACCUUCAACUUCUUUAACUCAAAAACAAAAAACAUCUAAACAAUCACAAGAUAUCCCCCAAACUUUAAAUACAACAAGUGGUGAUGAACUUGGAUUAUUAAGCAUGUUAAUAAAAAAUAAUGAUCAACCAAUUGACGAUUUUGAAUUAGUUUUGUUUGAAAAUGAAGGAGGAGAGAAUAAUAAAAAUAUGAAAAAAGAAAAUAAAACAAAAAAUCCAACAAUUGGAAAGAAGGCUGCUUUGGAUAAAGCUUUAAAUGAGAUGAAUCUAGAUAAAGAUAAACAAAAACCUCUCGAAAAAUCACCGUCAAAGGGAGUAAAAAAAGGGAAAGAUUUAUUAGAAAUGAUGGAUCAAACAGUUGAGAAAAAGAAUUUACCUCCUAAAAGAAGUGGCUCUGCCAAAAGAAGUGGUGGAAAAGUUUAA